AUGAAAUCCUCCUUCUCGCGCCAAAUCAUACCGACGCUAACACAGAGAGAGAUAGAGAAAGAGAGAGGAGGAGGAGGAGGAGGCCAAACACCAGGGACACCUCCACCACACCAGCGACACCUCCACCACAAGCAACCACCAUCUUCACCUUCACCUCCGGUGACCACCACCACCACCGCAUCCACCUCCGGCAACCAACCCGUCGCAAAAAUGGACGCACCACCUACAACCACCGAGGUCGAAUCCACCACCAAGGUGAUGUUUCUGUUGCCAUCACCAUCGUCUGUGCUAUCGCUAGAGUCUAUUCCGUCAGCAAUGCCUCCUCGAUCGUCGAAUCAAGAUGAGAUAGAUACUAAUGAGGAGGAGGAGGUAUGGAGUGGACACAAUGAAGAAGAAGAGGAGGUAUCGAGUGAUUCUUCAAAAAAAGUGUAUGAUGAGAUCGGUACUAAUGAGAAUGGAAAGGAGGCAACAGAUAAUUUUGAACUUACAGUUGAGCAACCGAAGGUUGGAAUGAUGUUCGACACUCCAAAUGAAGCUUAUUUGUAUUACUCAAGAUAUGCUAAAGAAAAUGGGUUUGGUGUGGCAAAAAAAUGUCACAAAAAGAGAAGAGAUGGAACCUUGAGGCAUGUAACUUUUGAAUGUAGUCGCGAUGGAAAGGCGAAGGUGAGAACAACCAAUCCGGUCAAACCACGGCCACAAACAAAAAUUGAGUGUCCAGCUCGCCUUAAUUUUUCUAUAUGCCCGGAUGGAAAGUGGAGGUUAAAUCGGGUUGCAUUGGAGCACAAUCAUGAAUAUAGCCCGGGAAAGUCCAAGUUUUACAAAAGCAAUAGGGUUCUUGAUGAACAUGUGAAAAGAAAGCUCAUUUUGAAUGACAAAGCCGGGAUUCCGUUGCAUAAGACUUAUGAUUCACUUCAGAUUCAGGCGGGGGGACAUGAUAACCUUCCAUAUUAUCAGAAGGAUUGCCGAAAUCAUUUGGAUACUGAGCGACGUAAAUUACUUGUUGAAAGAGAUGCUGAGGCGAUGCAUACUUAUUUCAUGAAGAUGAAAGCCGAUAAUUCUGACUUCUUUUUUGCCAUGGAUUUGGAUGAUGAGGGUCGACUGAGGAAUGUAUUCUGGGCUGAUGCAAGGAGUAGGGCAACAUGCAAGGGGUUUGGUGAUGUUGUGACAUUUGACACAACAUACUUGGUAAACAGGGUCGUUACAUAUGACAUGCCUUUUGCUCCAUUUGUAGGCGUCAAUCAUCAUGGUCAGUCAAUAUUAUUGGGAUGUGGACUCAUCUCUCAUGAAGAUACCAAGUCAUUCUCGUGGUUAUUUAAGACUUGGAAGACAUGCAUGUGGGAUUGUGCUCCCAAAGCGAUUAUUACCGAUCAAUGUAUGGCUAUGAAGAAUGCUAUAGACGAAGUAUUUUCUAACACCCGACACCGGUGGUGCAUAUGGCACAUCUUGAAAAAGGUGCCAGAAAAGUUGGGAAGUUACGAUGCGUAUAAAUCUAUUUCACGCACUUUGCACAAUGUAGUUUAUGAUUCACUUACAAAAGAAGAAUUUGAGGAUGCUUGGGCGGUGUUCAUCAAAAAGUACGAACUUCAAAAUAAUGAAUGGUUACAUGGGUUGUACUUGGAGAGGAAUCGAUGGGUGCCGGCUUUUGUAAAAGAUGUAUUUUGGGCGGGAAUGUCAUCCACACAAAGGAGUGAAAGUAUGAAUCAUUAUUUUGAUGGUUACAUCAAUUCAAAGACAACCUUGAAACAAUUUGUGGAGCAAUAUGAGAAUGCAUUGGCGAAAAAGGUGGACAAUGAAAAGAAUGAAGAUACGAAAAGUUCACAAUCUUACAUUCCAUGCAUAAUUGAAGAUGAGUUGGAGAAACAGUUUCAAAGUACUUACACAAACGCGAAGGCGAAAGAGUUUCAAGAUGAAUUUGUCGGGAAACUUGGUUGUUCUUUACAGGAAAGAAAAGUAGGCGAUGUUUGGUCGGAAUAUGAGGUAAAAGAGUGGAUUACAUUCGGAGAAGGAGAAGAGAAAGGCAGAAAACGUGUGUCAUUUACCGUUGAUUUUAAUGGUGAGACCAAUGAAGCCAAUUGUAAUUGUCGAUUGUUUGAGUUUAGAGGUAUGGUGUGUAGACAUCAAUUGAUGGUGUUCCAUGAUAGGGGAGUUCAAAGACUACCUGACAAGUAUGUUUUGAGAAGAUGGAGAAAAUAUGUGAAAAGGGUCCACACUAAGAUUCGAAUCAACUAUGCUAAUUCAUCAACAACAAUUGAAGCACGUCGGCAUGACAACAUGUGCAAUCUCUUUAAUGAGGUUGCCGAUUUGGCGGAAGAUUAUCAAGAGAAGUAUGCUAAGGUGAUGGGACGGUUACGCGAGCUAAAAGAAGAGUUGAUUGAAUCUUCGACUGUUUGUGGAAGUAAUAUGGGUUUGGGUAUCUCUAAUGAUUCCUUUUCACUUGGAGAUGGAGUUUUACCUUCCAAAGAGAGUAGGAACAUCCUUGACCCGGUACCUCUUCGUCGAAAAGGAAGACCACCGUCUAAAAGAAAGCAAGGUGUUGUUGAAAAAAUUUGUAACAAAAAAAAAACAACAAAAAAAUAAGACAUUGUCUAAUGAAAAAGCGAAGGAGGUUGAGGAUAUUGCAGAUGGCCAUGUAUUUGGGACACAAGAAAAUGUCGUAAAUGUAAAUAGUUACCCAAGCUACAUGGGGCAAUUAAUGUGGUCAAACAUGAUGCCUUACAAUAUGCAACCAAAUAUGGCACAAGGCGGAACUAUCCUCCCAUUUUCUCCAACUUUAUGUCCAACCGGAACAAGUUGUGACCAAUUUUUCAACAACUUUCCGACUUCACAAAGCAACAUGUCAAGUUUACUCAAUACUCAUGUUUGGAGAGGACAAUCAAAUAUUAUGGGUACUCAAGUUUGGGGAGGAGGACAAUCAAGUUAUUUGGAAAGUCAAGGACAGGGUUGGGGAGGAGCACAACAAAGUGCUACAGAAAUGAUGAAUGCAAGAGAUAAUGGUGGACAAUAGAAAACCUAUUUGUGUAUCUUGGUGUGUCUUUAUUUUGAUGAGUAUCCUGGGUGUCUCUUUUUUUUGGUGUUACAGCUUAGGGUGGGAGUAUGUAGUACGUAGUUGUU